CUCUCCGCCCUGCCCCUCUAACGCUGUGUCCUGGCGCCCCGUGAUUCUCAGGCCGUGAUCGCUGGCCAUGGUCUCUGCCGGCCCCGUACUACUUGUGCCACAGGCGGAGCCGGCUUCUUCAGGUCCCCUCUCCGGCGCAAGGAGACGGCCGCAUGGUGGGGCGCUAUUUAGGGGGCGUGGCCAGCGUCAGCCCCCGCCCCGUUCUGUGGCGCGCAGGGUGGCGCGCGGGUGAGCCGGGAGUGGGCGGGGCACUGGGUUUAGUAGAACAGCUGGGGGCCGGGGCCGCCUCGGUACGCCCGUCUUCCGCUUCUCCCGGUCCGUCGAUUCGGAGGAGCGGUGGCGACCUCGGCUUCCAGUGUCCCCGGCGGAGUGAAGCGGCAGCGGCAGCCGGGAUGGUGGUGUUGGGCUUACUGCAGGCAGGCGGGUCGGUGCUGGGACAAGCGAUGGAGAAGGUGACGGGCGGCAACCUUCUGUCCAUGCUGCUGGUCGCCUGCGCCUUCACCCUCAGCCUGGUCUACCUGCUCCGCCUCGCUGUCGGCCACCUAGUCCAGCUGCCGGCCGGAGCGAAAAGUCCACCAUACAUUUUCUCUCCAAUUCCGUUCCUUGGGCAUGCCAUAGCAUUCGGGAAAAGUCCAAUUGAAUUUCUAGAAAAUGCAUAUGAGAAGUAUGGACCUGUGUUUAGUUUUACCAUGGUAGGCAAGACAUUUACGUACCUUCUGGGGAGUGAUGCUGCUGCACUGCUUUUUAAUAGUAAAAAUGAAGACCUGAAUGCAGAAGAUGUCUACAGUCGUCUGACAACACCUGUGUUUGGGAAGGGAGUUGCAUAUGAUGUGCCUAAUCCGGUUUUCUUGGAACAGAAGAAAAUAUUGAAAAGUGGCCUUAACAUAGCCCGCUUUAGACAGCAUGUUUCUAUAAUUGAAAAGGAAACAAAGGAAUACUUUCAAAGUUGGGGAGAAAGUGGGGAAAAAAAUUUGUUUGAAGCUCUUUCUGAGCUCAUAAUUUUAACAGCUAGCCAUUGUUUACAUGGAAAGGAAAUCAGAAGUCAACUCAAUGAGAAGGUGGCACAGCUGUAUGCAGAUUUGGAUGGCGGUUUUAGCCAUGCAGCCUGGCUGUUACCAGGUUGGCUGCCUUUGCCAAGUUUCAGACGCAGGGACAGAGCUCAUCGAGAAAUCAAGAAUAUUUUCUAUAAGGCAAUUCAGAAACGCAGAGAGUCAGAAGAAAAAGUUGAUGACAUUCUUCAAACUUUACUAGAGUCUAAGUACAAGGAUGGGCGUCCUUUGUCAGAUGAUGAAGUAGCAGGGAUGCUUAUUGGACUGCUCUUGGCAGGGCAGCAUACAUCCUCAACUACUAGUGCCUGGAUGGGCUUCUUUUUGGCCAGAAACAAAACACUUCAAGAAAACUGUUAUUUAGAACAGAAAACAGUCUGUGGAGAGAAUCUGCCUCCUUUAACUUUCGACCAGCUGAAGGAUCUAAAUUUACUUGAUCGCUGUAUAAAAGAAACAUUAAGACUUAGACCUCCUAUAAUGACCAUGAUGAGAAUGGCCAAAACUCCUCAGACUGUGGCAGGAUAUACCAUUCCUCCAGGACAUCAGGUGUGUGUUUCUCCUACUGUCAAUCAUAGACUUAAAGACUCAUGGAUAGAACGUCUGGACUUUAAUCCAGAUCGCUACUUACAGGAUAACCCAGCAUCAGGAGAAAAGUUUGCCUAUGUGCCAUUUGGAGCUGGGCGUCAUCGUUGUAUCGGGGAAAAUUUUGCAUAUGUUCAAAUUAAGACAAUUUGGUCCACUAUGCUUCGUUUAUAUGAAUUUGAUCUCAUUGAUGGAUAUUUUCCUGCUGUGAAUUAUACCACUAUGAUUCACACCCCUGAAAACCCAGUUAUCCGUUACAAACGAAGAUCACAAUGAAAAAGGCUGCAAGGAACUAAUGAUACAUUAUCACUGUAAGCUGCAAAAGCACUGAAAGAGAAUGGAGUUUAUGAAAUAACUGAUAUAGUGUAAUUUUUAUUAAUUCUAAAAGCCAGUUUAACUUAUCAUUUUAAUGUUUUAUUAACUGAAUGGUUCUAUCAAAUCUAAUGGCAUUUGAAACAUUUUCUAAUAGUUUUGAUACUUACUGUACACAUGUGCUUUAAGGAAGUUCAUUAGAAAAAAAAAUUGUUCAGGGGAUCUAGUUAGAUCCUAAAUAAUAUAAUUUCCAGGUAGUACAUUUAAGAGCAUACAUAGCUCUUGGCAAGUAAGUUCAGAGUAUUCAAAUCUUGCAUUAGUUCUGCAAGAUAUUAAAUGUUUUAAAAAAGUAAAACAGCACAGUAAGAUGUGGAAGUCACAGGUUAUUCAUUUAUCUGGGCAAUUUUUUUUGUGUGUGUGUGAGGAUGGGAGGGUAGGGAAUAAAUUCACAUCUAAAGCCUUGAAUAAAAGGGUAUACUAAUUGUUUUGAUAUAAUGAUAGUCUCAGCAAUGGAACUAUGUUUGAAAAAAAAAAAUCCUUCGAAAUUUAACUGAAAGCCUAUAGGAAAUUGAGAGAUCUAGUACCAUACUUGGUAAUAUUUCCUGAAAAUAAUGUAAUUAUUAAUGCUAAAGACUGUUCAUGUCUUGAUUUAAUUAUUAAAUAUUACAUAUUUAUCAAAUGGGUAACUAUGUAUCUGGUUCUACAAGGUCACAUCUGUAUGAAAGUCCACAAAGUCCUUAAUUUUAUUUCUUCUCUUUGGCUUACGGUUGUUCCCUGCUUCCUUUCCAGAAUCCAAUUAGGGAUGUUUCUGUUAUUAGUUCUGUUGAUUAAAAUGGUUAUUAACAAACUUUUUUUUAAAUAUAAAAUGUGAGAUCAGAGAACUCUGGGUCCUUGGGAAUAGUAUAAUCAGUCACAUUAUAAUUUGAUUCCUGAACACAGACUUUAUAUAACUGGGGACCCAACUAUGAGAGAUAUCUAUAAUUUGACCAUAUAGCCUCAUCUUCUUACUAGAUGAGGCCAAAAUGUUUCCCUUAUGUAUAUUACAGUCCUGUUUAAAAGGCUGGAAGACUCAUGUUAAACUCUAAUUGUAGAGGAAAAAAUCUGUUGUUAGAUAAUUUUUCACAUUAAAAUUUUCUUUGAGAAAAGCA